AUAAUUCUUAAACUUUAAACUAAUAAAUAUGGAUAAUUCCGAUCAAAUAAACGACAGAUUACAAACAGAUUUAAUUCCUAGUGAUGUUAGAACUAGAAAUGAUUCUGUAGGAUCUAAUUUUCAUAAUAGUGUAGUUGAAACGACUUCAUCUAUUGAAACAAUAGUGUUCGAUAGUAAUUUAAUGAAGACGUCUACGCAAGCCGAGGAUCUCGCGGCCACGUGGGGCGGACGAAGUUCCUUGCCUGAUUCGGGGAGAAUGCGCAGAGCUCACUCCUGGUCGGGUGGACCAGCUGAUGAUAGUACCUCUGAAAUAAGAAUCUUAAGGGAAAGGUUAGUGCGAACUCAAACUCGACCCCGGCCAAGCGCGGUGCGGCAUCUCUCUCGUCGUCAGCGGCUGACACUGGCAUCUCUGGCGCUUGUGGAUUUCAUGAGCUUCUGCUCCAUGAGCAUCAUGGCGCCGUUCUUUCCGCGCGAGGCCAACGCUAAGGGACUCUCAGAUACGAUGUGUGGAAUGGUGUUUAGCUUCUACGCUGUUGUAAUGUUCCUAACCUCGCCGCUAUUCGGGAAAUUCCUGCCAGCGAUGGGCGCUAAGUUUAUGUUCAUCGCGGGAAUGUUUAUUGCCGGCGCUUGCAAUGUUCUAUUUGGGACUCUAGUAAUGGUGCAAGAUUCGUUAACAUUUACUAUCCUAUGCUUCGUGGUGCGCGGCAUGGAGGCGCUGGGAGCGAGCGCAUACUCCACGGCCAGCUAUGUGUUCGUUGUCAAUGCCUUCCCUGACAGUAUCGGCACUGUGCUCGGUAUACUAGAGACGUUCGUCGGUCUCGGCAUGUCUGUCGGCCCGGCGAUUGGUGGACUUCUCUAUUCGAUCGGGGGAUUCGGUGUGCCAUUCUACAGUCUUGGAGUAGUGAUGGUGCUGACCGUACCGAUUAACUUCUUCCUUCUCUCGGACUGUGAAGAAUUCGUGUCCGGUUCUAAAACAGCGUCUAUUCUGCGUUUGUUCAAGAUACCGUCGAUCAUAAUAACCGGGCUGGUCAUCGUCAUCGUGUCUAACACUUGGGCGUUCUUGGACCCGACUCUGGAGCCACAUUUAAGACAGUUCGGCCUCUCCACUGAACAAAUAGGCUUGAUCUUUUUAUUAUUUUCCAGUCUUUAUGGAAUCUUCAGUCCGAUAUGGGGUUGGGUGGCCGACAGAGUGCAUAAUCAUUGGUGCAUGAUGGUGUGGGGACUAUUUCUAUCUACAAUCGGACUGUUACUUCUUGGCCCGUGUCCGUUCAUACCUGGCUUGUCUCGUGACCUGUGGCUCGACCUCGUAGCGCUCUCGAUAUUGGGCAUAUCUGUGGCCUUAACAUUGUUGCCGACAUUUCAAGGAGUGCUCACAAGUUCCAUUUUCGAAGGUGGGUGCCCAGAGGCGCUGGCGACGUACAGCGCGGUGGCGGGCGUAUGGUCAUGCUGCUAUUCGCUGGGCGAGGUGCUGGGUCCAGCGCUGGGCGGCGCACUGGCCCAGCGGUAUGGCUUCCCACUCUGCGCCACUUUGUGCGCCGCUGCGUGCUUUGUAAUGGCAAUAGUGACGCUUACAUUCUUCUCGCUAAGAGAAUCAUCUAAGUGGUUAGAAGUAGAAUCACUCGGAGACUCUGUGGACACGGACAGCACGUGGCACAGCAACUUCUGCACGCGCAGCGCACCCUACACGCGCACGCAGGAAAACUCCCCGCUCAUCUCACCCUGCUCUUGUAGUGGAAAAAACGGUUACGGGUUAUCAGGAUACGGUACUUCGUAUCCUCGACAAGUCUGUUUGAAACACAUAAAACAGAAAAAGAGUGGCUGGGCAAGUGCUAAAGAAGUGACCACAUAUUUUCUUAAAUUCCAAUAUCUAACUAACGCGUAUAUAAAAAUAAGAAGACUACGUAAGCGUAAAAAUAAUAGAUCAAACAAUGAUGAAUUAUAUCAAAACUAUUUAAGAAACGAUGAAAAUGAUAAUAAUACACAAGAUAAAGUAAUAAGAAAUGGAAAUUCUGCUAUUAAUAUCAAAGUUAAUACAAAUCAUGAUUGUGAUCAAACAGACAGACAGGACAGUUACUGCGUAUAUUUAGACAAUGCCAUUUUUGGCAGCCCUGUAGUAAUGGCUAAUGUAAAUUCAGACAAUUUAAUAGUGAAGAGAAACCACAAAGGCCUGGUUGCAAAGGUGAACACCAAUGAAGACGACAGACGAACAUCAGAUGAGAUAAUUAAGCAUAAUAUACAAAAAGUACACUUUUAUGAACAAAACCCAGCUUGCUCAUCUCGUGAAGAUAUAUUUGAUGCAUGUGACUGCAAAGAAGGUGUCACGUACGUCAGAGGAACCGUCACAGUAUCAUCUACAGGCGCUUGUGAAGUCUAA